UACACACACAUUCAAAGCGCACAUAAUACGAUAUAAUCUGUGAUGUACAUAUUGCAUAUGUAUAUUUUUCGCCUACGAUAGCCAUGCAGGCGAACUCGCUAUAUUUUUAUUUUAUUAAUUAGUUUACAAAUAAACUAAAUAUGGAACAGACUAAGGCAAAUGUGCCCAGGCUUUUUGUGUGCACCGCUAUUGAAAACAAGGAUGAAAUAGAAGAGAGAUAUGAAAGGGCUUAUAAUUUUUUUCAAUCCCUUGUGGCGGACUGCAGUGAAAAGGAAGCUCACGACGCAUUAAACAAUGCUGUAUGCAAAAAUCAUGAGGAUGUGUCUCUUGGGAUGCUUAUGUCUAUUCUUACAGAACCUCACAAUGCCACCAAAUGUUACAGAGAUCUCACUCUUAUUACUAGAGAUGGGUUAACAACUGUGCUUAACAAUUUGUCUAAUUUGAUAUUGGAAAGGUAUUUAAAGUUUCAAGACACAACCCGAAAUCAACUUUUAUGGCUUGUCAAAGAAAUGAUAAGAAAUGCAGUCACUGGUGUUGACAGUGUCUGCUGGAACUUAAUGCGUUAUGCGUCUGGUGGAGACAUCACACCAAAAAAUAUUUUCCUUGUAGAAUCUCUCUUAGACAUAUAUAUAGAUAAUCGAGUAUGGCUUGACAAAUUCCCUGUGCUUGUAUGUAUGGUGGUAUACACAUACUUAAGAUUAAUUGAAGAUCAUAAUAUACCACAGUUGAUGGCACUAAGACAAAAGGAAGUAAAUUUUGUUAUUGCACUAAUAAGAGAGCAUUUCAAUGAAGUUUUAACUCUUGGAAGAGACUUGGUAAGAUUGCUUCAAAAUGUUGCCCGUAUACCAGAAUUUAACCAACUAUGGCAGGAAAUUUUACUAAACUCUAAAACACUAUCUCCAACUUUUAAUAGUGUAAUGCAACUACUGCAAACGAGAACUUCAAGACGUUACUUACAAUCCAGAUUGACCCCUGAUAUGGAAAGAAAAUUAGUUUUCCUAACAUCUCAAGUGAGGUUCGGUCAUCAUAAAAAGUAUCAAGAGUGGUUUCAAAGACAAUAUCUAGCCACACCUGAGUCACAGUCGCUUCGGAGUGACAUGAUUCGGUUUAUUGUUGGAGUAAUACAUCCUACAAAUGAAUUACUUUGUUCAGACAUAAUACCAAGAUGGGCAGUUAUUGGUUGGCUAUUAACAACUUGUACAUCAAAUGUUGCAGCAUCAAAUGCUAAGCUGGCUCUGUUUUAUGAUUGGCUGUUUUAUGACUCUGAAAAAGAUAAUAUUAUGAAUAUAGAACCAGCUAUACUUGUGAUGCAUCACUCAAUGAGAUCACAUCCUGCUGUAACUGCAACAUUAUUAGACUUUCUCUGUCGUAUUAUUCCAAACUUUUAUCCGCCGUUUGCUGAGAAAGUCAAACAAGGCAUUUUUAAUUCCUUGCAGCAAAUAAUUGAGAAACGAGUAUUACCCAAUUUGCAGCCAUUAUUUGACUCUCCAAAAUUGGACAGAGAAUUGCGCACAACUGUCAGGGAUACAUUCAAAGAAUUCUGUAGCAACGGGAAUGGUGAAGGCGUUUCUGGUAUCCGUGAUGAGGGAAAUGACGAGUUGCCGAGAGGAGGACCAGAUGAGCCAGCAUUCUCAGAUGACGAAGACGAUGCUCCUCCUCACAUUGCUGAGGACACGGAUGAUGAUGACUUGCCAUUGUCAGAAGUACGUGCGAGAGAAAGGCCCGAAUUGGCAGCAGCUUUACCAGUAAUACUACGUCCAUUUGCCGAAACUUUAUUAGAUGAAAGAACAUUUGUAGCCGCUACUGCUUUACUAGAUGCAUGCGGUAGUCCAACUCCAACCCCGGUAGCACUUGCUGAUCUGUUCGUUGCCAUACUUCAAGAAGCUCCACCGAUGAAAUUGAGUCGUUUCCCAUCACAAACAGAACUCGACACUAUAAUGAACUCACCAAUUUUUGCCAUGUUCCAAUAUCUAGUCCCUGGUAACAGUACUGAGGGGAGACGUAAACUUGUAUUAGAAACUUUGAAAGAAAUCAAUUCCCAGGCAACAGUGCAAUGUGUGGGAUACUGUUUACUGUUUUACUUGAAAGUGUGUUACGAAAGAGAAAAGCGCGCUGAGCGAGAUCCGGUCAAAAAGCGGAAUGUUAAAUUCAAAGCAGGCGUAUACAAGGACUACUGUAGUUAUCUAGAAUUAAAAGUAGCUGAAAGUUUAGCAGAUGACUUUGAGAAGUGUCAAGAGACUGAUGCUAACAUACUGGUGUGGUUAAUACAAGAUGUAUAUAGAGAAUAUAAAGACCAAGUACAGAACCACAUCAGAUUGCUGCACAUAAUAGUUUCAACACUAGACGCUGGACAACUGCAGCGUCUUGUAUGUCUUACACUACAAGGCAACCUAAUGAUGUUCAAAUCUGAUGACAUAACAACUAUGCUGUCAACAAGUCUCAGUUGGGAAACGUUUGAACAAUACUGUCUCUGGCAACUUUUGACAGCACACGAAAUAUCCGUAGAAGAUGUAUUGCCUAUAAUUCCGAAAUUAUCAUAUAAAGAGCACGCAGAGGCGUUGACUUCAGUGCUUUUAAUGUUGAAACAGGAGCGUCCUACAGCAGACGUUGUUAGACAAAUGUUUUGUAGGACGGUGGAGGAAGAGGAUACGUUUGUUGUGUCAACAGUAAUGUAUUGGUGCCAGGACUACGAGGACAAGGUUGGGGAUCUGCUCGCAGUACUGCUAAGCACCAGAUAUCCGGGGACUAGUCCUAAUAAAAGAAAACGCCCUGGGAAACAUAACAUUCCACCAAACGCGCCACCGUCAGCGGAAUUAGUUUUAGGUCACUUAGAACAAAUAAGAGUAUGCUGUGUUGAUCAAAAUGAUAUGUCAAUUUUUAAUAUGGAGUGCAUGCAGAAAGCCUUACAACAAUCACAGUCAAAUAGUAGUGAUAGUUUAAAGAGACAAUAUAGCGAAUUAUUUUUACUGGCUUGGGAGGAUGAACUGCCGAUAUCUAGACGAGCUAGGAAACUGGCGUCCAAUUCAUUACCGAUCAAUCCGAGCUUGCAUUCAUCUAAUGAAGAUAGUGAGGAAGAAGAAAUCGUGAAGCCUAAACAAGCAAAACGUCGAAAGAAAGCCAUAUCGGAUAGCGAUUAACAUAUCUCAUCGAAAAAUCAUGGUAAUUUUAGACACCAAAGUGCAACUCAACAAUACAAUAAAAUAUAAUAGUUGUAAUUUAAAUAUUAUACGUUACCCCAUUAUUUUGAGAGAAGUGCAAUUCUUAGAGGUAUCCAGGUCAUCCAUUUCAUCAAAUGGCAUCAAUAUAAUGAAAAAAACAUCUAAUUUUGUAGGUAAAUAUUAAUUAAAUUAAAUGAGCCUGAAUUUUGACUUAAUUAGACAAUGCUUACAAAUUACAUGAAUAUUAUCAAAAAUGAUAAAGGAUAGUAGGUAUAUUGUUGGUUUGUAUUUUUUUUUCACAGCAUCCGAUCAGAUUGAUAACUCUAGACACAUAUACCUAUUUAUUGUACGUGAACCGAAUGUCUACAUCAAUAGAUAAUUCUUUCAUGUAUCUAAAAUCUAAAUAUUGACGAAAAAUGCAAAGGUAUUGUUUUUAAAAUUAUAUUUAAAAAAUCAUAGCGAAAUUCAAUUAAUCUUUCAGCUGAUUGGCAUGAUAAUUUAUCUUCAUUUAAAACUCAAGAUCAACCGAUUCAUCAAAAAUCUAUUAAUUAAAAAAUAUACAACCAAACAAACGGCUUGAAAAUGAAGAUUAAAAAAAAACUUGAAAUCUCUCAACUAGGAACUGUAUGCAUUGAUUAUAUUCUGUAUAAUAAUGAGAACACCUUCAGCAGCAGUACUAGCCGUCAUCCUCAUCCGCUUGUGUUUCUCCAUUCUCUCGUUUGGGUUUCGCCGUUUAUCCGCAUGCGUUUUUUUAGUUCAUCCGUUCACAUUUAUAUUUUUGGCUUUGUUUCUCCGUUUAUUGGCGUCUGAUUUUCAGAUUAUCCGCAUCCGUUUUUCAGUUUAUUGGCGCGCGUUUUUCAGAUUAUCCGCACCCGUUUCUCUGUUUGUUGGCGCGCGUUUUUCAGAUUAUCCGCACCCGUUUCUCUGUUUAUUGGCGCGAGAUUUUUCGACUGUCCGCGCGUCACUGCCUUCAUUGGCGUGCUAUUUUCCUACUAUCCCCACCCGUUUCUCUGUUUGUUGGCGCUAGAUUUUUCGACUACCCGCGGGCACUUUUCCCUUCACUGGCGUGCUAAUUUCUGAUUAUCCCCACCCGUUUCUCUGUUUAUUGGCGCGCGAUUUUCAGAUUAUCCACACCUGCUUCUCCGUUUAUUGGCGCAAAAUUUUUCCCUUCAUUGGCGUGCUAUUUUUCGUCUACCCACACCCGUCUCUCUGUUUAUUGGUGGGCGAUUUUCAGAUUAUCCACAACCAUUUUUCCGUUUUUUGGCGCGCGAUUUUCAGAUUAUCCACACCCGUUUCUCCGUUUAUUGGUGCGCGAUUUUCAAAUUAUCCGCACCCGUUUCUCUAUUUAUUGAUUUUGCGUGCGUUAAUGCCUUCAUUGGCGUGCUAUUUUCCUACUAUCCCCACGCGUUUUUCUGUUUAUUGGCGUGCGAUUUUUAGAUUACCCGUACCUACCCGUUUCACCGUUUAUUGGCGCGAGAUUUUUCGACUAUCCGAGCGCAUUUUUCCCUUCAUUGGCAUGGUUUUUUCCUACUAUCCGCAUUCGUUUCUCUGUUUAUUGGCGCGCUAUUUUCCAACUGGAUCCACGUGGGUUUCUCCGUUCAUUAAUGUGCGUGAUUAUUCGUUAUUAUGCAGCCGUCUCUUCCAUUCAGCGACGCACAUUUGUCUGUCCAUACUUGUAUUAUUCAUUCACACGCGUUCAUUUAAAUUCGACAUGAAAUUCUACCUGUGUCGGUGUCUCGUAAGUGUAAACCAAUAUUAAUUCAAAGAUGGCAUUUUCUAAUUAAAUUUUAUAGUGCGAAUCUCAGGCUUCCAAUUUUAUCUAAUUGACUAAAACUUAAUUUUUUAGCAUGUCAUAAGUUCAGUUGCAAUUUUGUGUAUAAGAAAUAAAUUACGUUGUAUUAUGUUUUUCAUUUUAUCAAUAAUUGUAAACUACCGCCGCAAUUAAUAUUACUGUGUAAUAUUAUUAUUGUUACUAUAUAAUAUAAUAAUUUUGCCACAAUCAUGUUAAUUAACUCGAUAGUAUAUACAUUAAUUUGUUUUAUAUGAUGUUGGAGAUAAUGCGAAACAUUGUGUAAAUUAAUAUAGCCUCGUGGCAUCACCAAGAAAAAAAUGCACAAUAUUAUCAAGAAAUUUGGUGAUGGACAAUAUAAUUAAGCCAUGUUUUCAUUGUAAAUUUCGUAUUUAGUUAUUAUUGUAUAAAUACCAUAUUGUUAUACUUUUUUUUUAUCCAUACAUACAUACUAUGUUGGACUUAUUUUAAUUGUAAGGUAUGAGACCAAGAAUUAUAUUCAAAAGAUAUAUUGUAUUGAUGCAAUUUUCGAAAUACAUUUACACUAGGAUCAAUAAAGUAUUUCCCCUAA